AUGGAGAACUUAAAACGAAGGCACAUUGCACCGGAUGUGCAACCGUCAACUUCUCCACCUGUCUAUCAAGCUUAUGAUGCUUCCACAAGCUUAUACGACAAUUACGGCGAUGAGAAACACAAGUUUUCAAAGUCUUUACCACCACAACAAAGACGUGUAUAUUCUUCAAACAAGUAUAUUGCAUUCUGUCAAAAAUACGAGCGUGCACUGAUUCCAGCAGCUCUCACGCUGUUGGCUUUUUGGACGCGUUUCCGCAACAUUGGUGUAUCCAACAUUGUCGUAUGGGAUGAGGCACAUUUUGGAAAGUUUGGCUCGCAUUAUCUCAAGCAUGAGUUUUACUUUGAUGUCCAUCCACCGCUCGGUAAAAUGUUAGUAGGCUUAUCUGGAUGGCUUGCGGGCUACAAUGGCUCGUUUGGAUUCGAAUCAGGACACAAGUAUCCCGAUAACGUCAAUUACACCGCGAUGCGUAUUUUCAACGCAUUCUGGGGCUCUCUUCUUGUGCCGCUCGCAUAUCUGACCGCUAGACAGUUCAAAAUGUCACAACGCGCAAGUAUUUUGGCUGCAACCAUGGUAUUACUUGAUACCGCUUACUUAUGUAUCAGUCGGUUCAUUCUUCUUGACUCCAUGUUGAUGUUCUUUACAUGCUUGUCGCUGUACUGCAUGUCGGUGUUCAACAACUGCAAAAACGAAGCAUUCUCGGAAAAGUGGUGGUUAUGGUUGAGCUCGACAGGCUUUUCACUUGGAUGUGUGCUGAGUGUCAAGUGGGUUGGUCUUUUUGUUAUUGCUUUGGUGGGUAUCAAUACCGUUGAAGAGUUAUGGGAAAUGCUCGGUGAUCUUCAAAUGCCAAAGAAAACCUAUGCUGCUCAUUGGAUGGCCCGAAUCCUCUGUCUUAUCUGCCUCCCAGCUGCCGUUUAUCUGUUUUCGUUUGCGAUGCAUUUUGCUGUGUUGUAUCGUAGUGGUCCUGGUGAUGCUCAGAUGAGCUCGUUGUUUCAAGCACGGUUGGCCGGAAACUCAUUUGAUCGCAAUCCUCUCGAGUUGGCGUAUGGUUCUAAAUUGACCAUCAAGAACUAUGGCUACGGCGGUGGUCUUCUGCAUUCGCACGUUCAAACCUUUCCGGAAGGUUCUAAGCAGCAGCAAGUUACCUGCUAUCAUUAUAAGGAUGACAACAAUCAUUGGAUAGUCCGCCCACCACGUCUUAUCAGUGACCCUAGCGAAUAUGAACCAGAGGACGGGAGCAUCCGAUUUGUCAAGGAUGGCGACACUGUUCGACUUAUGCACUCGUCGACCGGCCGCAACUUGCACAGCCAUCCCCUUGCUGCACCGAUUACGUCAGGCCAGUGGGAGGUUUCGGCAUAUGGUAAUGAGACUGUCGGCGAUAUUCAGGAUAACUGGAAGGUGGAGAUCGUCGAUGAUUUGACCUACAAGGAUAAGGAACGCGUGCGCUCGCUCACCACUCGCUUCCGCCUUCGCCAUACUCAAUUAAACUGCUUGUUGGCUGCCAACAAUGUUGUGUUGCCACAGUGGGGUUUUAAGCAAAUCGAAGUUACGUGCGACAAGCGCAACCGAGAAAGUGACCCACAUACCUGGUGGAACGUCGAAGAGCAUUACAAUGAUAAACUGCCUGCUGCGCCAAAGAACGCAUACAAAUCCAAGUUUUUGCACGAUUUCUGGCACCUGAAUGUAGCCAUGUGGACCUCCAACAAUGCCCUCAUUCCUGAUCCUGACAAAGAAGACAUCCUUUCGUCAACGCCCUCUGAAUGGCCCCUUGCAUCGGUCGGGCUGCGUAUGUGUGGAUGGGGCGAUGAUAUCAUCAAAUACUACUUGCUUGGUAACCCAGCAGUAUGGUGGCCAUCUUUUGCUGCUUUGUUGAUCUUUUUGGCCACAACAGGAUUUUACCUGACGCGCAUGCAGCGCAAGAUUUUCGAUCUUUCUAACGCACAAUGGGAUAGUUUCCUAUACGUUGGCAAGACUUUGUUUUUGGGAUGGUUCCUGCACUACAUUCCGUUCUAUAUCAUGGGGCGUGUCACAUAUCUUCAUCAUUACUUCCCAGCACUCUAUUUCAGCAUUCUUAUGGUACCAUUCCUACUGGAGCAUUUCACCGCUAACACGUCUAAUCGCACACGAUGGAUUGUUUUCGGUGCAGCCUAUGCAACAGUUAUCCUUGUUUUCAUCUAUUUUGCGCCGGUCGCGUAUGGCAUGUCGGGCCCUAUCUCAAAAUAUAAAGGACGUCACUGGUUAAAGAGCUGGAACUUGGUGGAUAACUAA